AUGGAGAAGAAGACCGCAGCCUCGGCAGCGGCACAGGCGCGUCUUGCCUGGCUAGACAGCAAAGAGGCCAAACGCAUCAACAAAAAGAACAAGCGAGUCGUUCUCAUCGGCGUGCUGAUGGGUGUCGCCGCCAUGGUCGCCGUCGUGCUCGACGGUGUGCUUCGAGUGGAGAAGCAAGACAAACUCUGCCUGGUUCUGGACGACGAUUUCUCCAACGGAUUCAACAAGACCACCUGGUCGCACGAGAUCCAAUCCGGUGGAUACGGUGUAGGCUCGUUCGAUUGGACCACGGACAGCGAGAAAAACGCCUACGUGGAGGACGGCAAGCUUUACAUUGUCCCAACUUUGACGGUAGAGAACUUCUGGCCUCCUUACUUCAACAUGGACGGUAUCAAGCUUGACCUUGCCGCCGGUGGUAAUUGCACAGGCGACGGCGACACGAACUGCGCCAUGAUGAACAACUUCGCCGAAGGCCAAAUGAUCCAGCCUAUCCAAAGCGCACGUAUCACAACGAAGAAGUCGCAUUCCAUUCGCUACGGCAAAGUCGAAGUGCGAGCCAGGAUGCCUACAGGCAACUGGCUCUGGCCCGCUAUCUGGAUGAUGCCUCGCGACUCUGUCUACGGUAUCUGGCCCGCCAGCGGUGAGAUCGAUCUGAUGGAAUCCUCGGGCAAUAUGCCGCGCCAGCGACAGGACGAGCGUUCUGUCGGUGCCGUCCAGUCGUCGUAUCAUUUCGGACCUGAUUGGAGGACCAACGCCGGUGAUCACCACACGGGAUAUCAAUUCCGAUGGCGCGAUUACUUCAAUCAGGGCUAUCACAACUACGUGCUCGAGUGGAAUGAGAAGCGCAUGCGCGUCUACGUCGACGAUCCGCGCAACACGAUGAACACCUUCGAAUUCCCAAAGGAGCCCAUGUGGGAUUAUGGCAAGUUUGGCGAGAUCCAAAUCGAGCCUCCCAUCCACAACCCUUGGAUCCGCAGCGAGAACCCCAACCACGCUCCGUUCGACCAAGACUUCUACCUCAUCCUCAACGUAGCUGUCGGCGGCAAGUACUUUCAAGGUGCCGGCGACGCUCCCUGGACCACGGAAUCCGCGUAUCCAGCAACAACCUUCUGGAACAACAUCAAGAAAUGGUACCCAACCUGGCCUACUGAUCCCAGAGAACGAGGCAUGGCCGUCGAUCGCGUUCGCAUGUGGCAGAAGUGCUAG